ACGGACUGUCAUUAUUUUGAUAAUUUCUAGGAUAGAAAAGAUAACACAUUAAAAUUUUGAAUAACUUGAUUUUUGUUAAACCCUGAAAUCAUUAUUGAUUGACAAUGGAUAAACACAACAGUUCCGAGCUACUGAAUUCAGAUUUUUCAUUAUCAAAAAAUGCCAGUUCCGAUUCAUUGGACUCAGAUUCUAAAUCGAGUUCAUUGAAUUCUAAACACGGACAAGACUCCCCUCAUGUACUGGGGGACAUUCACUUACUUGAUGGGGAGAAGGUGAUGAGUGUGGCUCGUGAUGUCACUUACUUGUGCCCCUACAGUGGUCCAUCACGUGGGGUGCUCAAAGUCACAAACUAUCAGCUGCAUUUCAGACCAACAGACACUGCAGCAUUACAGAGCACUCUCAGUGUUCCUCUUGGUGUUGUAUCUCGCAUUGAGAAAGUUGGUGGUGCUUCAUCUAAAGGCGAAAACUCAUAUGGCAUUGAAAUAUUUUGCAAGGACAUGAGAAACUUAAGAUUUGCUCACAAGCAAGAGAAUCAUUCUCGACGAGGGAUAUUCGAGAAACUACAACAGUUAGCAUUUCCUCUAUCUCAUAGAUUGCCAAUGUUUGCAUUCAGUUAUCUAGAAACUUUCCCUGAAGAUGGAUGGCUUGUUUACGAGCCUAUUGCUGAGCUGAGGAGAAUGGGUGUGAACAAUGACAUGUGGCGGAUUACACGCAUCAACGACAAGUAUGAGGUCUGUGAUAGCUAUCCGUCAGUCUGGGCCGUACCCGCUGCAGCCAAUGAUGACCUACUGCGAGCCGUCGCCACGUUCAGGUCCAGAGGGAGGAUACCAGUACUAGCGUGGAUACAUCCUAGCUCACAAGCCACUAUAACUAGAUGUAGCCAGCCUUUAGUUGGGGUAAGCGGUAAGCGCAGUCGCGAGGAUGAGCGGUACAUUCAGCUUAUAAUGGAUGCUAAUGCACAAGCCCAUAAGCUGUUCAUUAUGGAUGCGCGGCCAACUGCCAAUGCCGUUGCUAAUAAAGCAAAAGGUGGAGGGUAUGAGUCAGAAGACGCGUAUCAGAAUGCCGACCUUGUGUUCUUAGAUAUACACAACAUACACGUCAUGAGAGAGAGUCUCAGAAAACUCAAGGAGUUGUGCUUCCCCCAAAUUGAUCAGAGCCGGUGGUUCAGUGGAAUAGAGGCAACUUGUUGGCUGAAACAUAUAAAAUGUAUAUUGGCUGGUGCUGUCCGAAUUGUUGACAAGGUUGAAAAUCACAAAACAUCAGUGUUAGUCCACUGCUCAGACGGUUGGGACCGUACGGCUCAACUCACAGCAUUGGCCAUGCUGAUGCUGGAUCCCUACUACAGAACUCUGAGAGGAUUCGAAGUACUUAUCGAGAAGGAAUGGCUUGCCUUCGGACACAAGUUUCAAUUGCGUAUCGGCCACGGCGACGAGCGUCACUCAGACGCGGACCGCUCUCCUGUGUUCGUACAGUGGGUGGACUGCGUGUGGCAGCUGCAGCAGCAGUUUCCCACCGCCUUCGAGUUCACAGAGAGACUGCUCAUCACUAUAGUGGACCACCUGUACUCAUGCCGCUUUGGAACAUUCCUGUUUAAUACGGAGAGGGAACGGGCGAAGGAAGAAGUGAAAACCAAGACGGUAUCCCUGUGGUCGUACAUCAACAGCCGGCAGGAGCUGUACCUGAACCCGCUGUACUGGGGCCCGGCGGCGGGCGGCGGCCCCGCCUCGCCCGCCGCGCGCCCGCAGCUCGUGCUCGUGCCCGUGGCCUCGCUGCGGGUCAUCAAGCUGUGGAAGGCCUUGUACUGUAGGUGGAACCCCACCAUGAGGCAACAGGACCCCAUCUACCAGCGCACCCGCGAGCUGGUGGCGCUGCGCGCGCAGCUGGAGGCGGCGGCGGCGGCGGCGGCGGGCGACCACGCGGCGCGCCAGCACCGCCUCGGCCUCACGCCGCCGCCCGCGCCCAGCCCGCACCAUGUCUGAUACCUGCCGCACUGGACGCACGACAUGUAUGUCUGAACUAGACAACCUCGCGAGGACAAGGAGAUCAUCAAACAUGGUUACGAGAACUGUUUAAAGUUCUGAAAUAACUGCACAAAACAACGUCAAAUAACAGGAAAUGUAAAUUUGAAAUGUCAUCUGCUUUCAUUAGGCUACGAAUAUUAGAAAGUUUUGAACGACAAUAUACAAUUAAAUGACCAGAUUUUCAGAUCAUAACAGCUGUCUAAGCAUUCUUGCUCUGCAGACAACUAGGCAACAAACUCUCCAGGGUGAGAUUAAAAGCAACUAUGUUUGACCAUCUCAGGGUCCUUAAGAUGAAGUUACAAGGACACUCGUCCUUUGGUCCAGCUAUAUGUUUAAGCGUCCAGUCUAAACGAGUACUGUAAAAUAACCGAGAUCGUAUUCUAACGCAUGUGCAUUUGUAGGUCUAUAUGUUUCACGUGUUAAAGCUCAUGUACUCAGCACAACUUACACGUACAGCAUUUGCGUAAGGAACGAAAGUUGUUAGAUUUGUAAUUAUGGCAUAAUGUUUAAUGUAACAAGUAAUGAAUAUAUCUUCAUUACCAAAACGAUCAGGCAUUGAUAUUUAGGAAUUUUAAUAUUAUUUUCUCAACAAAACAUACAACUGACUUAAAAUGAAAUCAGAUCAAAUGGAUUCAAUUUUUAUGGGAUCAACUGACAGCAAUUUCGCUUAAAAUAUAAAAGUAUCAACAUCAUCGGCUCAUCCAGACUAAGGUCGAAUUGAGAUUAUUCAAAACCUUCUCCUAUUUGAAGUCAGUUGACAGUUGAACUUUUUUUACUUGAAAAGGACUAGUGUCCAGAAUUGGUAUUUGUAUGUUGGUUUGGCUGUAUAUGCAUACCCGAGGCUAUCAUGAUUAAUUAAAACAAUAUAUUUAUGAGCAAUCCUAGCCUUAAUGAUUGUUACAGAAGCCUCUGUUUAAAGUGUAUAGACGUGUAAAUGAAACAUUAACAUUCAAUAGUAUAUCGGUCUAGAGAUCGUUUAUUUUUACUUUCAAUGCAAAUAAUUAAUCAUCAUCGUAGUAAUAGCUAGAAAAACGCUAUUUUCUCACUGAGAUAUAAGAAAGAUUCUUCUUAAACUUACUCUCAGAUAAAAAGUAAAUCAUCAGUGCAUUUAUUAAAAUUUCAUUUAUUCAAUUCAAUGAUCCAACACUGACUUAAUCAUGACGUAAGAGAGGAUAUUAACUCUUUAAGGAGUCUGCCCACUACACAGAAGUAUGCGACCAUGCCCACUAGCCUGUGCCGUUACCGACCAGCAUCGUCGCCUUUUUAAUAUAGAGAAUAUUUUUUGCCGGACACCUUCAUAGGUAUGGAACGGUGUAGUGAGCAGUCGCCUUUAUUCUUAAUUCUUUUUAUAUUUUAUUGUUAACUCGAAUGCGUUUAUUGUUCAGUAUCGCUAAAAGUAUUUUUACUGACACACAUUGGUCCGACGUUAGGUACAUAUUUUCAAAAUUAACAAGUAUUUUAUUAAGAAGAAUAAGGACCAAGAAUAGGUAUUAUAUUAUUUUUAAGUAAUCGGAUACACACUUAUUAGUUUUAAUGCCAGAGUAAUGCCAAAGCCUUAACACCUUUCUAUUUAAAACUUAUAUUAUUUAUUUAUUAAUCGACGCACUAUUUAGUUUCAUGACCAGUUUAUGACUUAUGCACACGGCGUAUUUUAGACGAACUGAGAUAAACGAUGCUAAGACACGAUUGAUAACCUUGGGUGUUUUAUCCCUAAUACUAGAAAAUACGUGUGCAUAUCCUCAAAACACUUGAUAAGGUGAAUUCCUUUUCACUCCCUUCACUUGGAUAACCCCUGUUUAUUUUAUAAUGACCUCAUUAACGCUGCGAAAAUACUUUCUCAGUUCUGACAUUAAAGU